AUGAGUUCCACGAUCGCAUCUCAGUCCAGUUCCUCGGGUGCGGACAUCCAAAGUAUGAUCGACCAUGUCGAGGAGCACGGGUACGUGAUCAUCCCCAACGCUUUCACCGAAGCGGAGCUGGAGGAGGCCCACACGGAGCUCCUCCGUUUAGCGGCGGACGCCGCUUCUGCCGGACCGGCCGGGGGCGACCGAGCCGGCCGCAACGACUUCGAAGGUCUCAACACCAAGCGUAUCUACGCCCUUCUCAACAAAUCUCCCGUCUUUCAGAAGUUUCCCAUCCAGACCACACUCUUGGCGUUGAAUGACCACUUUCUCGACUCGGGGUAUCUCCUGAAUUCGUUCCAUAGCGUGUACAUCCAGCCCGGCGAGGCACCGCAGAUGCUCCAUCACGACGACGGCUUCGUCACUUUACCACGCCCUCAUCGACCCUUCGGAACGGGAGUGAUGGUCGCGAUAGACGACUUCACCGCCACCAACGGCGCCACAGUCGUGAUUCCCGGCUCGCAUAAAUGGGGCGACAAGAAUGACCAGGCCCCGCGCCGGGAAGACACCAUCCCAGUCAUCAUGCCUCGGGGCAGCGCUGUUUUCUUUGUCGGAACCCUUUGGCACGGAGGCGGGCAGAAUACGUUCGACAAGGAGCGUCGGUCGAUGACGAUACAGUACUGCCAGCCGUGGAUUCGGCCGCUGGAGAACCAGAUUCUCGCCGUCGAGUGGGAAAAGUUGGAGGGAAUGCCGCGGAAGCUCGUUGAUAUGCUUGGUUAUGGCGUCGGGGCGCCGUUUAUCGGUCGACCGCCUUCCCCCUUUCAUCCCACGCUCAACACCUCACUUCUUCACCAAAACAACCACCUCGCAGCAACCCACAAACGAGCAUCGAGGUUCAUCAUGGACGACCCGAAAGACCCCCUACACGAGCAGUUACAGAGAUUGCUGACUGCUGUCACCCAAGCAGAGGCACAGCCCGAGUAUUUCAACACCGCUCGAGGCCUAGCAGAUCUGCGAAGAUUUGUCGAAGCCGCGCUCAGCAAGUCGACGAUCCUUCGUCAACAAGAAGCCGACCUCGCUCGUGAUAGACAGGCACACGAUGAUAGCGUCGACUCCGUCUUGAAGAAGGUCAAGAUGGCGGUCGAAGCUACCGGUGUGCGAGAUGCCGUCACCGCGAUGAAGCAGAGCAUGGGCAAUCCUAACGAAACGAAUAAGCCGGUGGCUACGCUCUCAGUAGAGGGGAGGGCAGCUUUGGUGAGAGAUGACUCCACCAAUCUCAACGAUAUCCUCCCUGGGAUUGUCGAAGGCGCAGUUACCCGCGCAUUCCAAAACUCUGCCGAGGCGAUAACCAAGUCCAGUCAGGAGGGGAAAACUGUCGUCACUGAGCUAACGACGAAGCUGGAAUCGUUGGUUGAGUCGAAGCAAAGGCUCGAGAGCAAAAGCACCCAGCUCUUGGGAGAGCUUGAAAGUAUGAGAGCGGACCGCGAUCGCUGGCAAGAGCAAGCAUCCCUGAAAGAGGCCACAUUGGCACAGGAGAAGAAAUCUCGAGAGAGAAUCGAGAUCGAGCUCGAAGCUACGAAGAAGGAUAUCAUUACAAGCAGCGUCAAUCACUCGUCAGCCAAAGAUCAGCCGAGGAAGAGACUUCGAACCAGCUCAUCGACAGCGGACAACCAGCUCCGCCAGCAACAACCUUCAUCAGUGACAGUAAAGGAACGAAUGGUGCUGAACAACCAGGACGAGAGAAGAAUUCCGGCGGGAUUCGCCGACCUGCUCGGAAAUCUGUCGAACAACCUCGCUGGGUUUAACGUGGUACAGAGAGGAGUGGGAAGUCUGAUGCACACGACGACAUUAAAACACAUUGGGCCAUUAUUGUGGAAGUGCAAUGCAUAUCCUCAGCUCAAGGACUUUUUGGAACACACGAGGCCCGGGCUGACCUACUGCUUCUCGGCCGCAAUGAACGUGGGAUUCGGCCCGCAAGUUCCGCCGAUCAAAUCACCAAUGGACUGCGACCAUCACGUGAAUAAAAAGUAUUGUCUGUUGGUGGUGUGCCGAUCAGAAACUGGCAAUCAGUCGGGAAAGAGCUUUACCUUCAUGGACAGGUCUAACUCUCUGAAAAAGUAG